AUGGGUUCGAUUCCGGAGAGGGAGCCUGAGAAACGGCUACCACAUCCAAGGAAGGCAGCAGGCGCGCAAAUUACCCAAUCCCGACACGGGGAGUACAAUUUAAACCUCUUAACGAGGAACAAUUGGAGGGCAAGUCUGGUGCCAGCAGCCGCGUUAAAAAGCUCGUAG